AUGACUGGACCGCUAGCGACCAACGUUCAGUUUUGUUCACAUGACAGUUACAACAAAGACGGUUCAUGUGUAUGUGAUGUUGACUACACGGGUAACUUUUGUUUGAAUCGAAAAUGUCGAAGCUUUGGAUUCGAUGGAUACCUGCCAAAGAAUCCGGUAAAAGUGGAUCGUUGUAUUUGCCCACCAGGAUUUCUAGGAAGAAAUUGUGAACCAGUGUCCUGUGUGUCCGGAAAGAGCCAAGUUUACUCAAGUUUGAAAACUGAAAAAACCAUUUCUCUACUUGCUUCAUACAACGUAAAAUUGCAAAAAAUCUGGGAAAAUGGAGAUAUCGGACAAUUGAUUUGCAACGAAACUGACUACGCAAGAAACUUCAAUUACAAUUAUGAGAAUGCCACUCUUUACACAAAAAACGAAAAUAGUUUAUCUUGUGUCGCCAAGCUCAACCAAUACUUAACUGCUGACAGUUGUACAGACGAUGAUGAGAAACCAAUUGCUUGCAUUCCAUUGGAUAUCAACAAUUUGAACUCAAUUGUUCAAUAUUCACCUCCAAAUUCAAUUGUUUUCGUGGUUACCAAUAUGGCUGUCAGUUCUAUAACCGGCGAUAUUGUUGAAGAUAUCAUUGCUACUUCGAUUGCCCGCAGAAUUCAGAUCAAUGUUCUUGUCUACAACAACACCGGAUUCCAGGCUGAUGACCCGAGUCUGGCAACUCUGAGUAACAUUGCAGCUGCUACUCUCGGUCAAUAUAUCUUGCCAAGUAUCGAAAAUGGCAAUGAGCAAUAUGCAAUUGUAAAUGCUCUUUUGGAAAAUUGGGAUCAAGGCUAUCAACCGACCAAAGUUUUCACAGGUGGAAUCAAAACCUUACCUGUUGAUACUUCAAAAGAUAUCUACGUGGCAGCUCAGUUGAGCUAUGGACAAAACGCUGUUUUCAGUGUGGAUUUACCGCCAACUGUUGUUGACUGCCGGAUCGUCCACCCACAGCUUUCAGCGUCUAACCAGACCUCUGACACGCCGAUUAUUGUUUAUACCACCGGAGAUCUCGUCGCUUAUUCUGCUUUCACAAGUGAUGAAAACAGAACUGCAGAUGUUGUUGAUAGUGCAUUCAGUGUUUCUGUCAAUCAAACAUCUUACUCGAUGGUGGUGAAGCUGGAAUCUGAAAACGCUCCAGUAGACUACGAAGCAGGUUACAGAACAAUCGGCAACCCGAGCUCAAUUUCUCUUGACACAACAUUCCAUAAUCGAGCCUUCUGUCAGUUUAAUUUCAUCGUCAAAGCCAAUUGUAAGUCUGUCGGCGCAUCUGUUGUUACUAUGAUCACCGCGAACAAUCGAAAUUCGGUCUCCUUCCCCGUCUAUUGUGCUAGUUUCAGCUAUGCCAAAAAAAUCUACAACAAUUUUGCUGCUGAAACACAAAAUAUGAGACAAUUAGAGUUCGAGCAGUCUUUUUCAAAAGACUUUGCCUGUGGUUCUGACAUUGCUCCCGAGAAAACAGGAGAACGCAGUUUCAUUAUUGUCGCUGAGAAUAGCAAUGACACUAAUGUAACCAAAUCUUCUGUUGAUAACUUGUUCCGCAACAAAAACAGUUUCUUCUAUCAGCUCAUUGACCCACUAACGUUAGUUCCGUCGUCCCGAUACUCCAAUUUCCUAGCCGUACUGACAAAUGGAGAAACCUAUCAAAUCAAACAGCAUACUGAUUACGGAAAGUUCAUGACAAAAGUUCUGAGUUAUACUAACACUUCAUCAUCUGGCGCAGAUGUUUCUGUGCCAAUAUCUGUGAAAGACAUGUUAGUUGACGCCAUCGAAAACGGUUCACUAUACUCAGAUAUUCUGUUUGUUGUUAACUUUAAUGUGAGAAUGAGUGCUGAUGAUUCUCUUGCAAUUAAAACUGCAUUAGGAACAAAGAGAUCUAAGUUGUUUGUUCUAUUUGUGCAAAGUUACACGCAAUAUGGAUCCGAUGUUUAUCAAUACAUGAACGACUUGGCAAUUGCCAGUGGUGGUAUUGCUGUCCGACUAGAUAACUAUGAUGAAUUGCAUACGUUCUUCACGUUAUAUUUCCCCACACUUAUUGCCAAUGAUAUUGUUGCAAAAGCAUACUCAAGUGAUACAAAACCUGGAAUUGCUCUGAACAACGUUUAUUUGCAAGAGCAAAAAUAUUAUCUUCUGUUGACAAACGAAGAUUCAAGUGAAGAUGGACCAGUUAAUGGUGAGCAGAUAAUUGUCUAA